AUGGCAGGGUUGGUUCUCUGUGAGCCCACAGAGCUUUACAACAUCUUGAACCAGUCCACGAAGCUCUCCAGGUUAACUGAGCCUAACUAUCUCUGUUUACUGGAUGCCCGUACAAAGCGUGAGUACAAUGAAAGCCAUGUGAUUACAGCAAGAAGGGUUAAACAGAAUCCUAUGGGGGACUAUCUGGUACCUGAAUCAGUUGAGCUGGAGUGUGUCAAAUAUUGUGUCGUGUAUGAUGGCAAAACCAGCUCUUUGGACGAUAUCUAUUAUGAUGAUUACGAAGAGAAGGAGGAGGAUGAAAAAGAUGCUGAGGUAGGGGCUGCCAUCCAGUGUGCCAGAGUCUUAGAGCAGUUCACCCGCCACCCAGUCCGCAUCCUGAAAGGAGGGUAUGAGCGCUUCACUGCGUGCUACCAUUUCUUGAGGACUCAGAAGAUAUUCUGGAUGCCUCAGGAACUGGAUGCUUUUCAGCCAUACCCUGUAGAGAUAUUGCCUGCUCAGUUAUAUAUGGGAGAUUGCAGGCAGGCCUGUGACCAACAGAUUCAGAAGGAUCUGAAAAUCAAAGCACAAGUCAACAUCUCAGAGGAGAUUGCAACACUUUUCACAGAUGAAAGCAAAACACUUCUUCAUGUUUCUGUGGCAGAUUCUCCCGAUGCAGAUCUUUUUUCCUUUUUUCCCACCAUUUGUCACUUCAUAGAUUCUCAGAUGGCUCUUGGAGCAGUUCUGGUUUUCUCUACCCUGGGUCUAAGUCGGAGCAGCACGGCGGUAAUGGCCUUCCUCAUGCAUUCAUCCCAUUAUCCCUUAAAGAGGGCUUGGAAAUACAUCCAGAAAUGCAAAACAAACAUGAGACCAAACCGUGGCUUUGUACAACAGCUGUCAGACUGGGAAAGCCAAAUCUAUGGGUCAGCGAUCACAGAUAUCUCCGAACCACAUUAUUGA